CUUCCUUUUGAACACUGGAAUCGGUCUCCAGUCUUCACCAUCCACACCCUUCAGCCAUCUCGUACUCUCUGUGUCUUUCUCUGUCUUUUUCUUCCUUCUAUAAAAACUGUUCUCUUCACACAUCUCUUCAACCAUGGCUGACCCUAACUCUAAUUUCUUCAGUGGUUUCAUCAAUUUCAAUAACCCUCUUCAUCAUCCCCACAACCAGCAGCCACCUCCAUCACCGCCCUAUACUCAUAACUUGUACACUAAUUUUAACCAAAACCAUAUUCCUUAUUUUCAAUAUCAAUCUCCUCCUCCGUCUCCUCCACUCAGAGAAGCCCUACCUCUUUUGAGCUUGACCCCAACAAGGCAUGAAAAAGAAGAGGAAGACGAGGAGGAGGAAGAUGAUGAUCUUCGUCUUCAUCAUCAUAAUCGUCAUGAACAUUCUUGCACUGCUAUGGAUUUGGACAGAAACAAAGGAAAAUUGGACGACGGUUUGUUUUUCAGUAGUUCUAGUACUACUGCUACAGCUCAAAAUCUUGAAGAUGAAACUAUGACUGUUGCACUAAACAUAGGUUUACCAAGACCUAGCGCUGCCGAAAUAGCUUCUGUUUUAUCUUCUUCCUCGGAGAUCACUGAUAAAGAUGGAGAUGGUGAAGAUUCUGGGUACCCUAUCAACAGACUCAACAAGGGUCAGUAUUGGAUCCCUACUCCUUCUCAGAUUCUUAUUGGCCCUACUCAGUUUUCUUGCCCUGUUUGCUGCAAGACUUUCAACCGAUACAAUAACAUGCAGAUGCAUAUGUGGGGGCAUGGAUCACAAUACAGGAAAGGCCCUGAAUCUCUGAGGGGAACUCAACCAACGGGUAUGCUUAGGCUUCCUUGCUAUUGUUGUGCACCAGGGUGCAGGAACAACAUCGAUCAUCCAAGAGCGAAGCCUCUUAAAGAUUUUAGAACUCUGCAAACACAUUACAAACGGAAGCAUGGUAUUAAGCCAUUCAUGUGUAGAAAAUGUGGAAAGGCAUUUGCUGUAAGGGGAGACUGGAGGACUCAUGAGAAGAAUUGUGGAAAGCUCUGGUAUUGCAUUUGUGGGUCUGAUUUCAAGCACAAGAGAUCGCUUAAAGACCACAUAAAGGCUUUUGGAAAUGGCCAUGCUGCUUAUGGCAUUGAUGGCUUUGAAGAAGAAGAUGAAUCAGCAUCUGAAGUAGAGCAAGAAAACGAGUCCACGCUGUGAAAUGGGUAUUAUAUGUAUACAUGCAUCAAUUUACUUGGAGAGUCAGCUUUUUCUCUUCUUGAAUCUUUUUUUGUUUUUUUUUGUUUCUGAAUUCUGGGUAAUCUGGACUAAGAGUUGUAUGAUACUCAUUAAAAUCCAUUUUAGGCUAAGUUCAUGUAA